CUUCUAUACACUCGACGUAAACCUGUUUGACAUUUGCUGCAGCUUUGCCUUAAGUACAGCUGAUUUGUAUAGUGAAGGUCAACAAAAUACUUAAUUGUUUGUACCACUGAUUAGUUUUAAUUCAAUUUAAACGUUAAAUGCAAUCGCAAUCAUUGAGACAAUAAUAAUAAGUCUAUAAUAAUAAGCAAACCAUACAUUCACUGAUACAUACAUUGAUUGCAUUCAUUGGCCACUCAUUUGCCACAACAAGCCGUCAAACGAUUCAUUGAAAAUCAAAUCCAAUUAAUCAUAUUUCGUACGAAAGGAUAUAAUGUUUAGAUUUGCAAACUAUGUCUUCGGAGGUGAUAACGAGUCCAACGUUAACAACGAGAACAUAGAUGUAAACCAUUGUACCGAAAGGGACGUCGACGACGACUGGAUCCUAAUCGACCCCUUCGACGAUAACCACUACAAGAAGCCAAUCAAUGCAUUCAAUGAGUCCAUCGACGCAAACGAUGGCAACGGACAUGAGUUGCAAAUAUUUGCUGCCAAUUAUGAGACAACGACUGACAGAGUGCCUCAAACUUCGGACAUUUCGGACGCACAACAACCCCAACAAUCCAUUGACAAGAGCUCCGUCUGCGAGGGCACCGACGCUGCCGACAGUCCGUCCCUCGCAGGCCCGCCAGGAAUGGAGGAGAGCUGGUUCGUGACACCCCCUCCCUGUUUCAACAGCCUCUCCAACCCAGUUAUCAUUGAGACCACACCACUGGAGAACCUGCUUAUAGAGCACCCGAGUAUGAGUGUCUUCGGACCUUCACUGCCGCCCAUCGAUCAAAGAUCGCCUCAUUCUGACCAAACACUCACACCUUCGCCACCGACAGACACGUCUUCCAGUGACACGACUGUCCAAACGCAGUCCAGAAGACAAAUGAGACAAUUGAGACGUCAACAGCAACAGCAGCAC